AUUUAACGGGUCUCUUAUAUACACUGGACCCACAAAUUUUUGUAGGAGAAAAGCAAGAGACGACCCCUCAUUUCCUUCCAUUUUCCAUCUCUCUUUCUCCACACUGCAACUCUAGAUCUAGAAACUCGAAUGAGAAAAUAUCUACGAUGUUGGCACCUCAUUACUUGAAACCACUUAGAAGCGAGCACCCAGAUUGCAACGAGCUACAAUCUCGCAGAUCUAAACCAGAAGAACCUAUGGCAUAUGCUUUUUUCCAGGUAGCUCUUAAAUUCUGUUAAAGGUGAAUUUCUUCAAGUUGGAGAAGGAAUCUAGUUCUGCAUUGCUGGAACAUAUGGUAAGAGACCGAAAUAAGAGAAUAAGAGUGGUUGACUACUUGGGAGUAGGAAUCCAACAUCAGAAAUUCCUAUGAUUAAAUUUCGAGAACUAGAAUGAAAAACUAUCAAUUUUGGGUUAGCCAUGGAUGGACCAUCUGAUGACAAAAGCUAUGUUUCUACGAAGGUCAUGGGAACUCAUGGUUAAGUUGCACCAGAAUAUGUCACUAGAGGACUUUGGUGAGGAGUCGAAAGAGCUCAUUGUGGUUCAGCAGCACAUCAAGUCUCACUAAAAUGCUCACGAGAUCCUUAUCUAACUAACUAAGUUAGGCCACCACAUGUGCUCGUACCUGAAUUUGCCAAUAAGUAUAUCAUCUAAUCUUGUCAGUUGUCAUAGUUAAUUGUGAAGAUGGGUAGAUACGCAUAUGGUUGAAGAGAGGGGCGAUGAUCGUACUGCCAGCAUAAUCUAUCAUCGUGCUUGUUCGAAUUUCAACAAUUGCAUAAGAUGACUUGAGAUCCCCGAGUCAGAAAUUUUCAGAAGCUUUCGGUGAUUUGUGUCUUUUCAGAAGUUCUCAGAAUCGGAAAAUAACGCACGUAUUUACUUUUGGAACAACAUAGGUACGAUGAAUGAAAACCAAAUUGUUGUUAGGCAUGAAUCAGAAGGUGGCAAGACUCCCACAACGGGUGACGAAUCACAAGAUGUUAGUACGAUUACAAAGACCAUUAAAGGCCGUGGUCCGUCAAAAGGUGUUAAAGUCGCUAAGCCUAUGUUCCUUGAGUAUAAUGUAUAUAAUGUCCCCGAUGGACAAUGGUCUCAUGAAUACGGGAAGCAAGUUGGGAGUUGUGCUACUAGAAUUAAUAUUAACGUCCCAUUAUAUCCAAAGGUAGAUGAGCAAACCAAGAAGGGGUUUUGGGAGGAGACUAAGCUUAUGUUCCACAUUACUGAUGAUUCUAAUCAUUCGAGGGAGAAAUAUUUUCAUUCUUGUGUGGCGAAACGAUUUAGUUGUUUCAAGAGCAAGUUGGUGCGCCGAUGGAUAACUAUGAAGGAAAAGAAGCCAAAAAAUCAAACAAACAAGAUGCCUUGGGAUGUCUACAACCAUAUCACAGAGGAUGAUUGGAAGACUUUUGUUAAACAUUAUUUCCUGCCAGAGUCAUUGCUUCGUAGUGAAAAGGAGAGGAAAAGUGCAUCAUGCAACAAGAACCCACAUCGCACCGGCCAAAAGGGUUAUAAUAGAAAGCGACUAGAUUGGAUAAAGGAUGGACGACUUCCACCAGAUGCAGCUUUACCUAUCUCGAGUAGCUCCUCGGUGAACUCAUCAGUGACCUCAAAUGUUAAUAGAGUUAGAAAAUACAGAUCAAAGGAGUGGAUUUUGGCCCAUCAAGUACAAAAUAAAGAGGGAAAGUGGGAAAUUGACCCGAACGAUACAGAAGUUGUUGAAAUCGCAACAAAAGCUUUAGAGUACAUCGCAGAAGAGGAAAAAGGAAAUCUUUCUUUCGAACAGGGUGAGGAUGCCCUCACUAAAGCUAUAGGGAAAAAAGAUCAUCGUGGGCGUGUCAAGGGAACAGGUGGCAUGGUUGGUAUCAAAAAGGCUUUCGGUCCGUGUAUUCGACAUAGUAGAAGUGACCAUGGUGAAGCUUCAUCAGAAAAUUACGAAUCAAUCAGAGCUUCUGUGAAAAAGGAGUUUGAAGGUGAAUUAGAGAAAAGGGUAGAGAAAAGGGUGGCAGAGGCCCUCCAAAAGCAACUAAGCACCUUGUUAAAAACAGGACAACUAAACUCCAUUUCUACCCCGAUACUUGAUGACCUCCACUUAAAUGAUUCUGCCAGAGUUGACCUUGAUGUUAGUGCUACAAGAACCACUCGUCACAUCUUAGUGCCGCAACCACGCGAGCUAAAGGAAAGGACUCCAUGUUGUCUUGCCCUUGAGGAUAAAGUUUCAGGCAACAACAUUGUCGUGGCGGAUGGUAUGGUACAACCCUCAGAUGGUGCAUUGCCCCAACAUUUUACAUCGAUGAAGCCUGGUCACUAUAAAGUCCAAGUUGAUUUUGUUUACGACGGACAUGUUGAUGAUAUUCUUCCGGUACCUACGGGAGAUGGUUUCACUAACUUAGGCGGUGCUCUGGGUAGUUUUGUGCAAUGGCCCAUACACUUAGUGAUUUUCGAAGACGGCGAGGAUUGUACUUCACCUCCUAAAAAGAAGUCCAAGUCUAAUGUUUCUAAAGAGAGGGAUGGUAGCUCCAAGAAAAAGACAACGGUAUUAGCGGCCCAAAAGAAGACAACAGACUUAGCAUCCAAGGAAUUUUCGCAUCCAAAGAAGUCGAAUUCUAAGCCUAAGUCCAACUUAGAGGUCGUGGGUAGUUGUGAUCGUAAAACACAAGAAUCAACCACCAAAAGCAAGAAAGCGGGACUUGUACACGAUGCAAUUCAAGGUCUUGGCCCGUCAUGCAAAUACUUGCAGUUUAUCAUGACUUCGGCGCCUGAUGAUAUAUAUGAUAAUACUACCAUCCCAUUGGCGGCCUCAGUUUGGCACUCGGAUUUUGAUCAAGAAACAUACAUAACUGCGUCUGAUAUAGGAGAGUUCCUUCGCGGGGCGUGCUUAAACAUUUCAGCGAUCCAAGUCUACAUAUUGUGUUUAUUGCACGAUCAUGCCAAAUCAUUUGAAAUGUCUCGGAUUUCGUUCAUUUGUCCCGAGAUUAUGUCAAGCACUAGAAUCAAGGCCGACCCUGGAGCGCCAACAAUGUAUUUGAAAAACAUUUUCCAAGCUGAAAUUGAAAAGGAGAAGAUGGGUAAUCCUAACCUAACUAAUUGGUUUUUAAUCCCAUAUAAUCAAGAAAAUCAUUGGAAUUUAUACGUGAUGGACCUACGUAGAGGUUAUGUAUAUAUUUUCGAUUCUCCUAGAGAUCCACGUCGAACAGAUUAUGCAUGGGGAAUCUUGAGUUUGGCAUACCAAGUGUACAAGUGCAAUGGUGGGCAGUGUCCGAAUAAAAUGAGUUUUAAGUCGUGUAAACCCAUUCAUAUAGAGUGUGCUCAACAAAUCGGCGGAACUGAGUGUGGCUAUUACGUUAUGAAGUUCAUGUUAGAGAUAGUCACGUUACAACAUGACUAUGAAGGCCGGCUAGAUGAGGUCUAUACUCCGAGGACUGCGCCUUAUGCUAGUGAGGAAAUUGAUGUGGUUCGUGAGCAAUGGGCGAAGUUUUUUACCACCAAGUAUUUAUUAUUGACCUGAGGGCGCUUGAUCGUGUUGGUUUAGAUGUUAUAGAACAAUCUUUUAUGUUAAAAUGUAUGCGUACGUUGAAAUUGGAACGUAAAUAUAUUUAAAUGUAUCGGUAUGUGCAAUUUUGGUUUUGGGAUAUAUACAAAACUCCAGUUGUUGUUUUUAUAUUU